ACCAUUCAAAACUGUAAUGCUGUAAUAAGCCUGUAGAGAGACAAAAUUGUUCCUCGAUUUCGAUUGGCCUCUCUCCUCAUCUCUGUCUGGUGGGGAGGCAAAAGGAAAAGCUUUCUUACCACCCAACAAUCGUCUUCUCGCUUUUCCUUCAAUGGCCGCCUCCCAGUCCCUUCUUUCGCUCCUCCUCCUUCUCAGCCUCCUCUCCGUCGCUAUUUCCCAGUCCCUCAUCCGUAUCCCCAGCGACCGUAAAGCCUCCAGCGUCGAUGAUGAUCUCUAUUGCGAUAGCUGGAGACUCUCAGUAGAAACCAACAACGCCGGAUCCUGGAUUAAGAUUCCUUCCAGAUGCCAGCGCUACGUGGAGCAGUACACCAUUGGUGACCGCUACCUCUCUGAUUCUGAGAUCGUGGCUUUCGAUUCCCUUACCUUUGCUAAAACCGUAAAGGUUGCUGGCGAUGGGAAGGACGCUUGGAUCUUUGAUAUUGAUGAGACUCUGCUUACCAAUCUCCCCUAUUAUGCGCUCCAUGGAUUCGGGUCAGAGCCCUUCGAUGAAGCAGCUUUCGACGAAUGGGUGGAAUUAGCUCAAGCACCUGCUUUAUCAGCAAGUAUGAAUUUGUACAAGGAGUUAAAGCAGAUGGGAUUUACAAUUUUCUUAUUGACUGGGCGGAGUGAACAUCAAAGGAAUGUCACGGGAAAAAAUCUUCUAUUUGCAGGAUACAACAAUUGGGAAAGGCUAAUUUUGAGGGAACCUUCGGAUCAAGGCAAGUCAGCUACACUGUACAAAUCUCAAAAGAGAUUGGAGUUGGUAAAUGAAGGCUAUAGAAUACAUGGUAACUCAGGAGAUCAAUGGAGUGACUUGUUGGGGUUUGCAAUGUCAGAGAGGUCCUUUAAACUCCCUAAUCCGAUGUAUUACAUUCAAUAAAAAAGCACAGAACAAUGCUGUAAUUUGGUGACACUUGUUUGCCACUGUUGUUUUGCUAUUAGACUAAGUGGCUUUUUUGUAACUUUCUUCUUAAUGAUAAGUUUAGAUUAAUUUUUGAGUUCC